UCAUUUUCGAUCAUGCCUCUUUCCACGCAAUCCACCACCGCCCUCCGCUGUGGGUUUCAGAACUUUGUCGACCAAGCCAGUCCUGUGGCAUGCAAAGUCGUGUUUGGCGUCGUCCCUGAAUGGCUGCGAAACAGCGCCUUGUACCGAACGUCGCCUGGUAUGUUCGACAUUCCGUCGCUCGACCCCAAGGCAAAGCAUGAAACCAUCCGCCACUGGUUUGACGGUCUUGGUGUGAUGCAUCAGUUCAACAUCCGAUCCGACGGGUCCGUGAGGUACCACAACAAAUUGAUUGCUACGGGGGCCCUCGAAGCUAUUCAGGCAGGGGCCAACCCCAUCCUCUUUGGACCCCCCCUGGAUCCAUGUGUGUCGAUCUUUGGCAAAGUUGCGGCGAUGAUCAACACGGUCGUGUUUUCCCCCCACGCCAAGCCCGAAGCCUCGAAUCUGAACGUGACCGUGUCGAAAAUGCCCCACUCGCUCGUGCCAAACACCGUUGCCGUCAAGAGCGACUUCAACAUGCUGCAACUGGUCGACGCCGACACGUUUGAGACCAAGCGCUUUGUCAAAUACUCGGCGUAUGACGACCGCCUCGGUGGCGCAGUGUCUGCCGCGCACGAAGAAUACGACCCUGUGACAGACACGUAUUUCAACUUGAACAUUGACUUUAUGGGCAACCACACUGCCAUUUUCAGCUUGGACAGCAGCGGGGCCGUGCGCGAAGCAGUGAUCCACACCCCCCGCGAUCGACCCGUGUCGUACAUCCACUCGUUCUCGUCCACGACCAAGUACUUGGUCCUCACGACCCCUCCCGCGUUUGUGAACGGCCUCAAAGUCCUGUACGAGCACAGCUAUUCGCAGGCGCUGACGUGGCAGCGGGAGAAGCAGUGUCUGUUUUACGUCGUGGACCGGGCCACCAUGACCCACGUCGCGACGUUUGAAUCGACCGACGCGUUCUUCUUCUUCCACUCGGUGAACGCGUUCGACGACGGCGAUGACAUCGUGCUGGACAUGAUACACCACACGGACAUGGACAUCAUCCACCGGCUGAACGUCCGUACGAUCCUAGAGGGAUCGGCCUUGACAGCCCCAAGCCGCCUCGCUCGAUUCCGCCUGCGAGCCGUGACGUCCCACCCAUUGGAGCCCCCGAAGGCCAGUCCGUCGUUUCCAAAAGUCGAAUUGCCUCAGCUGUGGAACACCCCCUCCAGCGUCGUGGAGCUGCCGACCAUCAACGAACGAUACCGCCACAACAGUCAGUACCGAUUCGUGUACGCUGUAGGCACAAACAGUCCCCACGCAGCGUUUUUCGAAGGCGUGGUCAAAAUGAACUUGGACACGGGUGAAGAGGUGUGGUGGCUUGCCGGCGACGGGCAAUUCGUGGGCGAGCCCAUCUUUGUGCCACAUCCUCAAGCGGAACACGAAGACGACGGCGUGCUGCUGUCGGUCGUGCUGGACGGCAUUGCCAACCAAAGCCACUUGGUCGUAUUGAACGCUCGGGACUUGUCCGUCGUGGCUAAAGUUGCAAGUCCAGUCGUCGUCCCCCUCGGUUUCCACGGCAUGCACACGGCCAAGUAGAGUUUUCAUAGCCAUAUGCAUUCAUGAUACGACCUGCGUCGUCCACAUUCAUUUCAAGCGUAGAAGAGUCCUGUUCUACAAUAUAAAAUGAAUUAGGAUAUUCACGACUAGUUUGGUCGAGUUCAGUGUGCGCUCUAAACACAAU